AUGUCCGCCUUACACGCAGCGCCGACUGAAUUUUUUGGUGUUCAGCGGCCAGAACCAUCUGGCUCAGUCUACGAUUAUGAACACCGGGAUGGGAUCGUGACAAAUAGCGAGUCGUCCCUGGAGAAUAUGCCAGAUGAGAAUGGCUUGGAAGAAUUUGACCCCCAUGAUGAGGAAGACGUUGACGAUUCCGUAAAAGAGGAUAUGAAGCGAUUGGAAGACACAUUCCCAGGGAUAUCUGAUCGCUUUCGGCUGGUCAAUCGAAUAGGUGAAGGGACGUUUUCGACUGUCUACAAAGCGGAGGAUCUUCUUUACGACCACUAUCAAAAUGACUGGGACACAUUUCAGCACAUCCGAGAUGACAACUUGACCAACCUUCCAACGAAGCGACGCCGGGUCGAAGGAGAAAGCAAUCGCAUAUCCUCUGUGAAGCGACGAAGACCGCGAUACGUUGCUUUGAAGAAGAUUUAUGUCACAAGCAGUCCGCUACGCAUUCAGAACGAACUUGAAUUACUCCAUGAUCUUCGGGGUUGCCGAUCAGUAUGUCCAUUAAUCACUGCGUUCCGCUAUCAGGAUCAAGUCGUAGCAGUCUUGCCCUUCUUUCCGCACACCGAUUUCCGUAUCCAAUAUCGUACAUUCAUGGUUGCCGACAUGCGACAUUACUUCCGAUCCCUGUUCACCGCUUUACAUUCAGUCCACAAGCAUAACAUUCUCCAUCGUGACAUAAAGCCGACUAACUUUCUUUACAAUCCGGAACUCCGCGAGGGUGUACUAGUGGACUUCGGUCUUGCAGAACGCGAGGGCUCGGAGUACACUGGUACCUGCUUGUGUGCGAAUUCUAGCCAGAUACGUCGCAGUCGAUUCUUUCAGAGCUAUUACUAUACUAAUUGCGCCUCGUCUCUGAAUAAUACAUCUGUGGGGUACCCAAAGAACGACUCCCGGCCUUCGAGGCGCGCCAAUCGAGCAGGAACCAGGGGUUUCCGCGCACCUGAAGUUCUUUUCAAAUGCACUUCACAAACUACCAAAAUUGAUAUGUGGUCAGCUGGCGUCAUUCUUUUGACGUUACUCGGUCGUCGAUUUCCAUUUUUCAACUCAGCUGAUGAUGUCGACGCUAUGAUCGAGAUGGCAAGCAUCUUUGGCACACGCCGCAUGAAAAUUGCGGCAGCCAUGCAUGGGCAGAUUUUCGAAACCAACAUCCCAACUAUAGGAGAAAAGGGUUAUAGCUGGGAGAAGCUGGUGAAAUGGGCGAGUUGCGUGGAGGAGCUCACUGAGAGUGAAAAACAAGCCACCCGUCUCUUGGCUGGACUCAUGGAGCUGGACCCUAACAAGCGUUUCAGUGCUAAAGAGGCCUUGCAACACGAGUUCUUCACUGAUCCCAUAGAUCACGACGUGGAGUGGGGUGGAAAUCCGGAUGAUAGUGGAGAUACCGGCGAGGAGGGUUAUAGGGAUGAUGAUGAGGCAGAUGAUGCAGCAGAUGAGGUAGCAAUGAUAUGAUAUCCUCCAAGGGAGGAGGGGCAGAUGUACGGUAACGGCAAUGAAUUUUCAUGAAGCACCGGCGCUCCACCACAAAGAGAUCACCAGCUACCGGGCCACUCAGAUUUCCCAUAAACCUUUGGAGUCCGUAAUCAGAAUCAGAAUGAGCAAUUCGGGGGGAAACAGGAAUGACAAGAGGCGAAAACAACCCCACGACUCGUGACAACUAACUCCGGACAACGCUUAAAAGAGUUCGAGGUCUGAAGCAAACG